AACAGCAACAACGUCACCUUUGGUCACUGGGAGCUCAGCGGUAACUUAUUCUCAAUCAUCGCAAAUCACAUCCUCCAACAAAUCUGCAACAGUAUCACAUCCAACUACAGAAGAAUCAUCGAUCACUGUCUCCUCACCUGAAACACGUCAGACAAAUACACAGGAACCUUUUACAUCGGCAUAUCCAAAGACAACACAAGCUUCAACAGAAACUAUUUUGACAACAGAAACACAUUUAACAACACCAAUCUCAAAGGAAACGGAGCCUCCAUCAGUAACCUACCCACGCACAACAGAAGGCUCAUCCACAACAGAAUUUUCCUCACCAACACCGAAUGGUAGACAGGCAUCAGCAGCCACAUUGUCCACAGCUGAAACACGGUCAGAAACGCAGGAAUCAAUAAGAACGGAGCAUUCAACACAAACCAAUGCAAACACGACACAGAAUUCUUCAGAAAGUGUGACUGUUUCAGAACCACAUUUUACAACGCAAUUUUCAGUCACAACACAUUCCUCAUCGGAAUCAUAUUCCACAUCAGUGAAAGCUUCCUCAACAACAGAACCUUCAUCAGAAUCACAUCCUACAAUAGCAGCAUCCACGAUGGCCACAUCCUCUCUGGAAACAACUCCAAAAACCCAGCAAUCUUCAAGAACUGAACUAUCAUCACAAUCCAAUCCAAGCACAACCAAUGUUUCAUCAGUCACUGAGUCCUCUUCAGAAACACAUUUAACAACAUCAAGUUUAUCACAGGUAACUGAGUCCUCAACAGAAACAUACUCCAGUUCGACGCCGGUUUCAUCAAAAACUGAAUCACCCUCAGAGAGCCAUCAGACCACAGAAGUGCCUUCAAGCUCCUUGUCCUCAUCAAAAACACAUCCAACAACAUUACAGGAAUCAUCAUCAACAGAGCUUCCAACAACAGCAUAUCCAACAUUGACAUCUGCUUCAUCUGUUAGUGUGUCCCCAUCUGAAACCCACCUAACAACAACACCACUAUCAUCGCCAACUCAGUCCUCAGCAGAGACCUAUCCAACAACACAAACAUCCACAAACAAACCUUCAUCAGAAACACACCCGACAACAGUGGAAUCGUCAAGCACACAGCAUUCAACGCAAACACAUCAAAGUUCAACAGAAGUUUCAUCAGUCACUGUGUCGCCAGUUGAAUCCCACUCCACAAGCUCAUCAUUUUCAUUGGUUACUCAAUCCCCAUCAGAAACACGUUCAACAUCUGCACAAGCAUCAGUGACAACUGAAACUUCAUUGGAAUCCCAUCCAACUACAGAGGCAUCUCGAAUCACAAUGUCCCCUUCAGAAAGACAGCCAACAGCACAUGAAUCAUCAAGUACAGAGCAGUCAACACAAACUCAUGGAACAACAUCAGAAAUUCCCUCAGAAAGUGCGUCCUCAUCAAAAACCCUCGCAACAGCAACAACGUCACCUUUGGUCACUGGGAGCUCAGCGGUAACUUAUUCUCAAUCAUCGCAAAUCACAUCCUCCAACAAAUCUGCAACAGUAUCACAUCCAACUACAGAAGAAUCAUCGAUCACUGUCUCCUCACCUGAAACACGUCAGACAAAUACACAGGAACCCUUUACAUCGGCAUAUCCAAAGACAACACAAGCUUCAACAGAAACUAUUUUGACAACAGAAACACAUUUAACAACACCAAUCUCAAAGGAAACGGAGCCUCCAUCAGUAACCUACCCACGCACAACAGAAGGCUCAUCCACAACAGAAUUUUCCUCACCAACACCGAAUGGUAGACAGGCAUCAGCAGCCACAUUGUCCACAGCUGAAACACGGUCAGAAACGCAGGAAUCAAUAAGAACGGAGCAUUCAACACAAACCAAUGCAAACACGACACAGAAUUCUUCAGAAAGUGUGACUGUUUCAGAACCACAUUUUACAACGCAAUUUUCAGUCACAACACAUUCCUCAUCGGAAUCAUAUUCCACAUCAGUGAAAGCUUCCUCAACAACAGAACCUUCAUCAGAAUCACAUCCUACAAUAGCAGCAUCCACGAUGGCCACAUCCUCUCUGGAAACAACUCCAAAAACCCAGCAAUCUUCAAGAACUGAACUAUCAUCACAAUCCAAUCCAAGCACAACCAAUGUUUCAUCAGUCACUGAGUCCUCUUCAGAAACACAUUUAACAACAUCAAGUUUAUCACAGGUAACUGAGUCCUCAACAGAAACAUACUCCAGUUCGACGCCGGUUUCAUCAAAAACUGAAUCACCCUCAGAGAGCCAUCAGACCACAGAAGUGCCUUCAAGCUCCUUGUCCUCAUCAAAAACACAUCCAACAACAUUACAGGAAUCAUCAUCAACAGAGCUUCCAACAACAGCAUAUCCAACAUUGACAUCUGCUUCAUCUGUUAGUGUGUCCCCAUCUGAAACCCACCUAACAACAACACCACUAUCAUCGCCAACUCAGUCCUCAGCAGAGACCUAUCCAACAACACAAACAUCCACAAACAAACCUUCAUCAGAAACACACCCGACAACAGUGGAAUCGUCAAGCACACAGCAUUCAACGCAAACACAUCAAAGCUCAACGGAAGUUUCAUCAGUCACUGUGUCGCCAGUUGAAUCCCACUCCACACGCUCAGCAUUUUCAUUGGUUACUCAAUCCCCAUCAGAAACACGUUCAACAUCUGCACAAGCAUCAGUGACAACUGAAACUUCAUUGGAAUCCCAUCCAACUACAGAGGCAUCUCGAAUCACAAUGUCCCCUUCAGAAAGACAGCCAACAGCACAUGAAUCAUCAAGUACAGAGCAGUCAACACAAACUCAUGGAACAACAUCAGAAAUUCCCUCAGAAAGUGCGUCCUCAUCAAAAACCCUCGCAACAGCAACAACGUCACCUUUGGUCACUGGGAGCUCAGCGGUAACUUAUUCUCAAUCAUCGCAAAUCACAUCCUCCAACAAAUCUGCAACAGUAUCACAUCCAACUACAGAAGAAUCAUCGAUCACUGUCUCCUCACCUGAAACACGUCAGACAAAUACACAGGAACCUUUUACAUCGGCAUAUCCAAAGACAACACAAGCUUCAACAGAAACUAUUUUGACAACAGAAACACAUUUAACAACACCAAUCUCAAAGGAAACGGAGCCUCCAUCAGUAACCUACCCACGCACAACAGAAGGCUCAUCCACAACAGAAUUUUCCUCACCAACACCGAAUGGUAGACAGGCAUCAGCAGCCACAUUGUCCACAGCUGAAACACGGUCAGAAACGCAGGAAUCAAUAAGAACGGAGCAUUCAACACAAACCAAUGCAAACACGACACAGAAUUCUUCAGAAAGUGUGACUGUUUCAGAACCACAUUUUACAACGCAAUUUUCAGUCACAACACAUUCCUCAUCGGAAUCAUAUUCCACAUCAGUGAAAGCUUCCUCAACAACAGAACCUUCAUCAGAAUCACAUCCUACAAUAGCAGCAUCCACGAUGGCCACAUCCUCUCUGGAAACAACUCCAAAAACCCAGCAAUCUUCAAGAACUGAACUAUCAUCACAAUCCAAUCCAAGCACAACCAAUGUUUCAUCAGUCACUGAGUCCUCUUCAGAAACACAUUUAACAACAUCAAGUUUAUCACAGGUAACUGAGUCCUCAACAGAAACAUACUCCAGUUCGACGCCGGUUUCAUCAAAAACUGAAUCACCCUCAGAGAGCCAUCAGACCACAGAAGUGCCUUCAAGCUCCUUGUCCUCAUCAAAAACACAUCCAACAACAUUACAGGAAUCAUCAUCAACAGAGCUUCCAACAACAGCAUAUCCAACAUUGACAUCUGCUUCAUCUGUUAGUGUGUCCCCAUCUGAAACCCACCUAACAACAACACCACUAUCAUCGCCAACUCAGUCCUCAGCAGAGACCUAUCCAACAACACAAACAUCCACAAACAAACCUUCAUCAGAAACACACCCGACAACAGUGGAAUCGUCAAGCACACAGCAUUCAACGCAAACACAUCAAAGCUCAACAGAAGUUUCAUCAGUCACUGUGUCGCCAGUUGAAUCCCACUCCACAAGCUCAUCAUUUUCAUUGUUUACUCAAUCCCCAUCAGAAACACGUUCAACAUCUGCACAAGCAUCAGUGGCAACUGAAACUUCAUUGGAAUCCCAUCCAACUACAGAGGCAUCUCGAAUCACAAUGUCCCCUUCAGAAAGACAGCCAACAGCACAUGAAUCAUCAAGUACAGAGCAGUCAACACAAACUCAUGGAACAACAUCAGAAAUUCCCUCGGAAAGUGCGUCAUCAUCAAAAACCCUCGCAACAGCAACAACGUCACCUUUGGUCACUGGGAGCUCAGCGAGGCAUCUCGAAUCACAAUGUCCCCUUCAGAAAGACAGCCAACAGCACAUGAAUCAUCAAGUACAGAGCAGUCAACACAAACUCAUGGAACAACAUCAGAAAUUCCCUCAGAAAGUGCGUCCUCAUCAAAAACCCUCGCAACAGCAACAACGUCACCUUUGGUCACUGGGAGCUCAGCGUCACAACACAUUCCUCAUCGGAAUCAUAUUCCACAUCAGUGAAAGCUUCCUCAACAACAGAACCUUCAUCAGAAUCACAUCCUACAAUAGCAGCAUCCACGAUGGCCACAUCCUCUCUGGAAACAACUCCAAAAACCCAGCAAUCUUCAAGAACUGA